AUGCCUGCUGCAGGACGUAACACGACACCUGUCAACUGCCCUGUCUGCCACAAGGCUAUAAGCCGCAAGGCGGAUCUUCCUAGACACAUGCGUACGCACGAUGAACACAAGGAGGCUCUUAUGCACGCAUGCCCAUUCCCUAACUGCGAUUACAAGACCCUUCAGAAGUCAAAUCUGCAGACGCACAUCAGGACACACACUCGUGAACGUUCGAAGACGUGCCCUCACUCUGGGUGUGCGUUUUCCACCACCGAUCCGGGUAGCUUGACGCGUCACCGCAAACAACUACAUGGCUACGAGCCCAAAGCGCGUCGCAGCCCCGGUGGAAAAGCUGCCCGACGGACCGCCGCCGCGCCUUACCCCUCUACUCGGUUUAUGAAGCCAGAAAUAGAGAUUCCUGCAUCGCUGGAUCUCAACCACCUAGCAUUUCCCGAGCUCGCAGGGCUGGUUCCCUGCGAUGCGCUCUCACCUGCUGAGUUCAGCGACUCCGGCAUCCCCCAAUCCUCGGGCGAGCUCACUGAACUUCCCUGGGAGCGACUCUUCCCCGAUCUCCCUGCCGAGAGCUUCGCCUCCAUCUACGAACAACCUUCUCAGCUCCCCAUCCCCACCUUCAACUACUUCCGGCCCUCAACUGUCCCCAUCGAUCUCUCCACUCUCCAUAUGCCGCAGUUCGACCCAGAGCUAUUUUCUGAUGUCAACUAUCAGCAGCCCGUUCCUGAUGUCAACUUUCAGUUCCAGCCCGACUCAGGAAAACAUCUGAACAACCCCCUACCAGCUGAAUUGGACGAGUUUUUGCAGAAAUAUGGCUCCGGGUACUUUGAAGACCUCUACGCGUGCCCAGACAAUACGAUGUAUCCGAUGGCCCAGCCCUCAUUUACGAACGAAUACUUGUGA